UUGCCCUCGAAAGACAAGAAAGACUGAAAAAGAAAGAGGCCAUUUGUAUAUAGUUCUGUCUCUUCCUUUCGUAGGCGCAUUGCAAACCUCCUCGGCGUCGGCACGCAGAGGUGGGUCGUACAGCGGGCGACGGGGAUCAGAACGUGACCUACGCAAGAGAUGUCGACAAGAUGACAGCGACCGUAUGACAACGCUGGCUGGCUGGCUGGCCACAUUGUUGCCCGCCCUCGUACAAUACCCUCGACAGAGUCGAGAAAACGUCACUUCACGCCCGAAAGUGCAUCAAGUACAGAGAGUAUAGCGAAGAUAACGAGAAACUUGACAACGUCGUCGUCGUCGUCGUCGUUGUCGUCCGUCGUCGUCGUCGUCGUUGUCGUUGUCGACAGUGCCGCGCCCUUGUGCGAUGCGCACAACGGCACCGUGAGUGGUGGUGGUGUGAGAUCUCGAUGAGGAGUGCCGUCGCCCCUGUGCGUCCGCGUCUGGAGGCAUGAGCGUGUUCGGAGACUUUCAGCGUGUCUGGGUGCAACGAUUCCCGGACAGCGCCUUGCCGGCCGCAUGGGAGGAAGACGUCAGAGCAAAUCUGGUCAAGCACAAGCAGAAGGUGACAGCUUUGAGAGAAGAACUUGAAAAGGAAGAAUUUUACGUGGAAUAUCUAGAGAGAUUACUGGCUGAUGUUGAGCGACACAAGCAGCUAGCUAAUAAUGCCAAUGCGAGUACAAGUACACUUGAGAAUACGCAACAAAUGACAGCAGAACCACAGUCUCAACAAAAUUCUCAAGUAUCAGAAAAUAGUUUAGUGGAUUCUUCACACUCACCCAGUUCUCAGAAUGUUGGAUUAUCUGCUCCUACUUUGACAGAGCGGGAAGAUAUCAGCAAGUUUCAAGAUAAGUGUGUGUCUGAGUUAAGUUCCACUCUCAAUACAGCUGGCAAGAGGCCCAAGAGCGAGAUACCAAGGAGUCCCGAGAAAGUGCCUGAACUUAGGAGAAACAGUGAUCCGGAUGUGCCAAGUAAUUAUGUCACAGUGAUUGAAGUCACCGGAAACUCCAAAAAGGACAAAAACGAGGAGUCUCUCAAAGAGGAAGAUGAAAAAGUAGACUUAGAAAAAGUGAUCAACGAAGAUGGAGAGGAAGGCGAUGCGGAGGCAUCAGAGGAAGAACCUUACUAUGAUUCAGUAGCCUUGGAUCAAACGGGAGAGUACGUAUACAUCGAUGCGCGUAUUCCCGCUGUCAAUAGCAACAAUAGUAGCAAGGCGGCACCUCGGAGGCCACCUUCUUUGCCAGAUUCGCCAGGCAAUCAGAGUAAUUAUGUCAACAUCGAUUAUUUUAUACAGCACAGAACGGCGAUGGACAGCGAGGACGAAGAGGGUGCUAGUCCGGCGCCCCCGAUCUUGUUGCGAGCUCUUAGCACGGACAACGAAACUGGCAGCAGCGACGCCGAGCCGUUGAGUUUGAGCGAGGGUAGCUUAGAAUCACCGACCCCGACGACGCCUCGCAGGCAGGAGAAGAACAAAGAUCGCGAGGACGACAGAACGUCGAUGGUCAAGUGUAUCGUGAAUUCGGUGGUGGAGAGCGAGACUGUAUACGUGGAGUGUUUAUCUGUGAUGUUACAAUAUAUGAAAGCUAUUAGAGCAACUCUAACGACGUCUCAGCCAGUUAUUUCGGAAGAGGAAUUCGGGACGAUGUUUUACAAGAUUCAAGAACUGCACGCUUUGCACGAGACGUUUCUGGAUGAGCUCCGAAAGAAGACGGAGAAGUGGGACAACAAGACUACUAUAGGAGAACAAUUUAAGAUUAUGGCCAGUAAUAUAGGAUUAUACGGCGCGUUUUUGCAUAAUUACGCUCGCGCGACCGAUACCGUACGACGAUGUUCCGCCCAUUCCACUCAAUUUGGAGAGAUUACCAGGGAUAUAAGACUCAGAGGUUUCCCGAAAGGUCCGGGUUUAUCAUUAGAAGACUUGUUGCACAAGCCGGUUGCACGAGUGCAAAAGAAUGCUCUAGUUUUAUACGAUCUUCUCAAGCACACGCCAGUCAAUCAUGCGGAUCACGCGCCUCUGUCAGAAGCUUUGGCUAUGACCAGAAACUUCCUAGACGAGUUCAAUAUUAUUCAGACAAAGUCCAUGUUUCCGAGCCACGACAGAGCCCAACGAAGAUUGGUAAAGAAUUCGUUUGUGGUCGAGCUUUCCGACGGCCACAGAAAAUUGAGACAUCUCUUUCUCUUUAACGACGUGAUCGCCUGUGCCAAGUACAAAGCGUCUGGAAGAGACAAGUUUACAUUCGAAUUGAAGUGGUACGUGCCAGUGGCGGAAGCCGCUGUCACAGAGGACGGUAUAGAGCCGCGCGAAGCCAGCCCCGCCAAUGUGGUAGCUUUAAGAUCGCAGGCAUGUACGGUACGUGAUCAGAUACUGUGGGAGGAGCGGAACGACGAGAAGCGAAUCCGACUGGGUGGCAGAGGCUCGGAGAAGAAUCGUAAGAAACUUGCCGAGCUCGAGGCGCAAUUGGUGCUGGCCUCGCCGAAUUUAGUCCUGCGUGUCGCACACAAGAGUCAACAGAAUCGUGUGCAAAAUUCCUACACUUUCUUCCUGUCCAGCGAGUUCGAGCGCUCCCAAUGGGUGGAGGCGGUAGAGGCGUUACAGCAGAGCGGACAGCCGCCAGGACAGCUGCCCUUGACGAUGUACGAACUGCAGGCUUGGGUCACAGCUUGUCGGACGUAUCUGCAAACGGAUAUGGGCAGCUACCUGCUAAGGUCGGGACGCGAUGAGAGUUUGCUGCUGGGUGAUCUUCAUCUGACACUACUCGGUUUGACUCCACCGGGCUUAGACAGGGUCGGUGAUCUCUAUAUCAUUGUGGAGGUCGACAGCUACGGACACUAUUUCAAGAGGGCGCGGAGUCGUCUUGUCAGAGGCCAAGCUCCGCUUUGGGGUGAGACUUUUGUGGUGGAGUUGGAGGGAAGUCAAAAUGUCAGGAUUCUAUUGUACGAAGAGUGUGGCACUCGCUCGGUAUUGCGAGGCAAGUGCGUUCAGAAGUUGAGUAGAUCCUGGUUGGCCGAUCAUCAAAUGGAGAGAUCUCUGAAUUUGGGGCCCGCGACAUUGGAUGUGGCGCUGCGUUUCGUUCCCAGCGAGGUUACUCUGAGGCGAGUGCCCUCGGCUAAACCGCAAGGCUUAUUCGGUGCUAAGAUUCAACAAGUUUGCAAACGAGAGAAACGUGACGUGCCUUUUAUAAUAACGGCAUGCGUGCGAGAGGUGGAGAGACGAGGUGUCGGCGAGGUGGGCCUGUAUCGCGUUUCCGGCUCGGCGUCCGACGUGGCGAGGCUACGUAAAUCGUUCGAGAGCAAUUCGUACGAGGCAGAGCAAUUGCUUAAAGAGGUGGAUGUUCACUCGGUGACGGGCGUGCUGAAGCUGUACUUGCGCGAGAUGCCGGAGGCGUUGUUCACCGACGCGCUUUAUCCGGCAUUCCUGGAGGCCUUCCAAACGGGCGAUUUGUCACGAUGCGCCGCUCUGCGUCGCGUCUACGACGGCCUGCCCGCCGUCAAUAAGGCGGUGAUCGACUUCCUUCUGGCUCAUCUUGCUCGUGUGAACAAGCAUGAGGCGCAGAACAAGAUGUCGCUGCACAAUCUGGCCACAGUGUUCGGCCCCACGCUGCUGCGACCCGGCACCAACAACUCGCGCAGCGACGCAAAGAGCCGCGAUCCCCUCGCCGCGGGCACAGUUGAUGUGAUGGCGCAGGCCGGCAUUCUCUACUGCUUCCUGCAGUUACAUAUGCAACAACAGAACAAUCAAUCGCUCUAGUCGACAAAGUCCUUCGAUCCCGAUCCAAUUAACGUUGCCAUGAACGUUUGAUUUGUAAUCGGUAAGUAAAUUGGCAAUGGAAACGCGGCGAUCUCUUCCUCAAUAAAGCCAAACGUCGAAAAUAUGAUGUGAUGGUGUCUGAAGGAUAUUUUGAGUUCUACGGUAAUUCAUAAUAAUUGUUUGAUUAUAUGAAAUGCGUUAUAAAAAAUGUUAAGAAUAAAAAAAUAUGAAAUAUUUUAUUUCGAACGACCCGAACGAAAAGUUCAGGCGUGGAUCACCGGUGACUCACGGUGUUAAUCAAAUUUCGAAAAUGUAAUAUUUGUAUUUUUACGCUGUUUACGUAAUAAGCUUUACGUAUAAUAACUUACGUUAUUAAGUAAAAAUUAACAGUGUAUGUCCUUUAAACGAAGAUGCAAACGAAACUUUUUUAUCUAACUUUUGUUUCAUUUUUGUUAACUUUUUAUUUAGAUACGACGUUGUGGAAUUUGUUGUCGAAUUUCAUAGAAAUGUUAUUUUCGUUGUUUUAAUUAAUACGUUUGUAUUGAGAAGUCAAUUGCCAAUCUUUGUCCUCCAGACACUAAUCAAUUUUUUUUUUGUAUUGCGCUGAUCCUGGUACUCUCUAAAUUUCUUAGAGAUAACGCACUCGAAAAAUUGAAUGACUGGUCGUGUCGCUCGAGUAAGAGUGACUUUUCAUUCAUACGGAGUUAAUUCUUUCUCUUUUUGUUGUAGAGUGAAUUUUUUACUCUACAAAGUAGAGUGAUUAUGUGUACUUUAUUUUAUAGAGCGAAUAUUUUCACUCUAUGCAGUGUGGAGUGAAUAUUUCAUUCACAUGAAGAGUGCAAUCUCUGUUAAAACAAACGCCUUAAGGUAAAAGACUCAGUGUUUGGACAGUUAAGGCCGCACUGCAAGAAAUAAUAAAUAUUCACCAUAAAAAAGUCCUUAAAUAUACAAAAUUUUUCUAUUGUUUUAUAAAAUAGUUUAUUAACCGUCAAAAUCCACUUUAAAAACCAUCAUUUAUUGAUGAAUAUAUUUUUAAUUAAUGAAAAUAUGUAAACAGUCAAAUGUACCAGUAUUCGGACACGUCAAAUAGCUAUGUUUCAGUGAUCAAUAUCGCAUUAUCGAGUAAUCGGACAUUUAUGAGUUACGUCGUUAGAAAACAUUUUUUAGGGAGAAAAAAUCAUUUUUUAAUCAGUAAAAUAACGAAACUUUAUGCUUCAAAGUUAAUCAAAAUGAUUUUCGCUUAGAAAUUAAUUUUUUUUACAUGAAUAUCAAGAUAAUUAAGUACAACCAUUAGUUGUAUAGUUCUUAUAUGCACAUCUAACAGAUUUAUUUUUAUUUUUUAAUAUUGCAGAAAUGAUUAAUAAUCUUAAUAUUUCGCUGACUAUCCGAACAUUGGAUCUUUUACCUUACUAACGAAGAAGAUUUCAUUCUCUGAUCGAGUGAAUUCACGUCGGAACGAGUAAUACAUUACUCUACGUUAGAGUUAAACAAUCACUUUUUUGUGAAAAGUGAAGUUUUACUAUUUACGAGUGGCGGUAUUUUCACUUGAAGUGAAUAUCCACUCGUUUGGAGUUAGAUUUCACUCUAAGAAAUUUAGAGAAUACGAUUAAUCCAUUCAACAGUUUUUUUUUAUAAGCAUUAGUAUCUUUGCAAUGCUGAGAUAGAGCCUGAAAAUGUAUUAAGCAAAAAUAGACUGGCUUUGAUAGAACUCCUCUACGCGAGGAUGAAACUUCCUCUAUAUCCAUGCGCGUGCGUAAUGUAACGAAGCUGCUCUUAUAAAACAUAUAUAAAGCAUAAUAAAAUAUGUGUGUGCACACACACACACACACACAAAACACAUACGACAAACACACACAUACACGAUCUUUUUACUUUUGAGGUCAUAAUAUUAUUUUUUACUUCGUAUUAUCCGGGCACGAUAAUGUCGCUCGCGCGUGAUGAAAUCUUUUUCCUGAUUCAUCUUUCUUGAGAUGAGAUUUUCGUGAUAAGAAAAGAUUUGAGGAGGUGCAGAAAUUUCAGGUGGAAAAUUAGCCAAAGAGGAUUAGCUUAGAUUAGCCAAAGCAAACGAAUUGGUUAGUAAAAGGAUCGUAUUAGUUUUCCAUAUUAAGAAUAUCCUGACUGUAUUUGAGAGGAAGAAAAAGGUUCAUUAAAGAAUCUUUUUUUUUUUAAUCUAAAAAAUAUUUAAAAAAUUUUUUAAAUAGAUAAAAUAUGUAAGAUUGUAAAAUUAUAAAGUCUUGAAAGCCUGAAAUUUGUGUACUAAGUAUACAGUCCGUGCUCUAAGAAGUAAAUACUUUUUUACGUGACGUGUGUUCCUAGCAGAGAAUAUAAAUCUUUUAAUGCGAGCUCUUUUGUACACCCGUUGCAGGAAGCAACCUAUCGUUCUAAAUACAUAAUAUGGAUAUUGUACUCCUAUAAUUCACAAUAGUGUUCAUCUUGCAAAAACGUCACAAUACUGAAAGAAAGAAAGAGAGAGAGAAAGAGAGAGAAUGUGUGGUUUGUCAUUCUUUGGAGAUGAAAUUCAGAGAAUGGCGUUUCUCGUAAUGUGUGAAGAAAAUGAACAUAUUCAUCCAAUAAUCUUCCAUUCCAUUUGUCGACUCGUACUCUUCGCGGAAAAUUCGAGAUAUCGUUUUGAAUUUUUACGCAGAAACUCACAUUUUAUCGUAGAAUUGCGAAAAAGAAUUUUUCAUAACUCCUUCAAAGCAGUAUUUUUCGACAAGCAUAAGUUUUUUUUUCCAUUAUUGUAAUGCAGUUUAAUAAGACGCCAAAGAGAAAGAUCUUUCUUCGUGUGUACAGAGUGUUUGAGAACAUUGUGACUUAAACGAGAAAAUAGCAAUUUCUUAUAAAAAAAGGAAAACAAAAACGCAGAAUAAAUUUAUUCUUAAUUUAUAUAUACAAGAUUAUACACAAGAUUAUACACAAGAUCUUAUAUAUAAAUCAAGAACAAAUUAUUUGUGUAUAAAUACUUUUUAUUUCUUUUUCUUUACAGGAAACUGUUUAUCUCGUAAAUGCAUUACAAUCUUUUGAACACUCUGUAUUAUGAAGAAGCUUACCGUAGUCGAUAAUAAAAGAAAGAAACUAACACGCGAGUUUGGCAGUACAAAUUAAAAAGACUCGAUAAGGAUUGUCCCAUGUUUUAUGUCAGGUCACUGCAAAGUUUGCAAUAACUGUAGACGAAAAAGAACAGAAAAAAAAAGGAGAAAACGAAGAAAGAGUCAGGUCUGACGAGUAUUUGAUAACAAACGAACAAAAAUAUAUGAAAAGUAUUAAAUUGUUUAUGCUCGAAUGAACUAGGCAACUAUUAUAUUUUGUGCGUGUGGAAGCAGCUGCGUGCGUGUUUGUUACUUGUAUGCGUGUAUUAUUCCUCUUCCCUUAUGUAUGUAUUAUACCGAAAAAAAAGUACCACAUAUUCUAAGAUUACUUUUGAUAUCGUAGCGUUUAAAAAGCAUUCGCCUUUUUUGUAUAUUGAUAUAGAGUGUAAAGACGAGUUUUUCCUUAUUAUUUGUGUUAUUAUUACUAUUAUUAUUACUUCACACACACGAAAUAAUUAUUAUUAUACACCAAUAAACUGUUAUGAAAUUUGGUUAAGCUAGCUUGUAUGCAGCAAGAUGCAAUGUACUGCCAAAAAAAACCACUUAAAGUGCAUAAAUAUACUGAAGGUUUAUAAACUUUUA